AAAAAAAAAGGAACAAAAGUAACUUAUAUUACUGCUUGAAUUUUUAUGAGAAUGUUAUCUUGGAAAUAUAAAAAUUGGGCUGAGGGUGUAGCUAAGUGGUAGAAUACAUGACAAGCAUGCACACAGACCAUGGGUUCAAUCCCCAGCACUACAAAAAAUAAUAAGUAAAAAUACAAAUAUAGUUUGAUUUGUAAGUUUCUUUCUAGGGAAUUCUUAGACAUUAAUUUUGAUAUUUUCUCAUAUGGGUGGACACAAAGAAUCUUCAAAUUUAUGGAGCAACACACACACACACAACCACUGGGUAAAACAGCAAGGCUACACUGUCAUCUCAGUCAGCAGAGGGCUUUGUUUUAUGAAUAUUAAUAUUAUUUAUGGCAGUCUCUUUCUCAGUUUGGCCAAGAAGGAAGUCCUGUGGUCACUCAGUGAACCCAUUCUAGUCUAACUGGCAUCCUGGUUUCUAGUUCAUUGCUUAGUUCACUAAACUGACAUUAAAACUGCCAAGAUAGAAACUCUCCAACAAUUCAGGUGUAUUCAAGGACAGCCAUUUUCUCCUAGAUCAAGAUACACACUCAGAGAGCUGGAUUUUGUACAAAUUAAAAGAGCAGGCACAGGUAGAUUCAAACAAAAAAGUUUUUUGGCUACCAGCCAUUACACAAUGAUGUAAUGCCAAGGCAUGUCUGUUUUAAAAACAGGACAUUCUGAUUGGUGAAACACAAUUGAUUUCCUGUUUUGGUGUGCCAGUCCCUAAAGGGUGGGUCUCAUCUCUGCUGUCUGUAUCCUAUUCCAGAACUCUUCCAGCAAUCCUCAUUUGUUUGGUGGUACAUCUUGACGCUUGCUCAUCGAGGUGGCUCGUGAACUGCUUCCUCUUGUGGUGAAAUAAUGUUCAGCUCUACCUUCAAAGCUGAUCGCCUCCGGGUUAACUUGCAUCUGGUUAUCAAUCGCUUAAAACUCCUGAAAAAAAAGAAAAUUGAACAGACUCAGAGAGCAAGGAAGGAGGUUGCAGACCACAUGGCCACUGGGAAGGAUGAGAGAGCCCGGAUCCGUGUGGAGCACAUUAUCCGGGAAGACUACCUUGUGGAGGCCCUAGAAGUUCUGGAACUGUACUGUGACCUGCUACUGGCUCGGUUUAGCUUGAUUCAGGCCACAAAGGAACUAGAUUCUGGUCUGGCUGAAUACAUAUCUACACUAAUCUGGGCAGCUCCUAGACUGCAGUCAGAAGUACCUGAGCUGAAAAUAGUAUCUAAUCAGCUGUGUGCAAAAUACAGCCAAAAGUAUGGUCAACUCUGUCAAACAAAUGAAAUUGGAACUGUCAACUCUCAGCUAAUGUGUAAAUUAAAUGUGAACACUCUACCCCAGGUUCUAGUGGAACAGUACCUGGUAGAAAUUGCUAAGAACUAUAAUGUGCCCUAUACAUCCAAGACAAGCGUUAUGGCUGAAGCCCCAGCGGACCUGGUCUGUGUUGGAUUUACAGAGGAUGUCAAGAAAGAUGCCCUUGGCAGAGGAGAUAGCACUGCAGUGAGAGCAGGUGAUCCACCUGGGGCUUUGCCGAUAUCUGCACCAGGGCCCCUACAUGUGCCAUCCCCAGGCCCUUGUUUCCCGUCCUUUCCUCCUGAAAGACAGAAUGAUGACUAUAAGAAGAAUGAUUUGCUUCCCUCACUGGUUCCUAGUCCAGGACUCAGCCCCCAAACUUCUUCAAAGCCAGAAUCAAGAACCAAGAUUGGUUUCCAUAACUUUAUGCUGUCUAAUUUGCCUGAUGUAAAACCUCAAGCAAGCCCAUCCAUCGACCCUUAUGAUUCCGAAGAGGUUGACUUGGAAGACCUUAACCGGAGACUUGAAAUGCUGAAGAAAAUGAAUUAAUUUCUUGGACCUUGAAUUGAGCAUUUGCCUGGGAAUCAGGACUGGGUGUGAAUUUUAGCAUAGCCAUCUCUGUGUGGGUCUGAAGCUUUCUCGUUCACAAUUCCUUCCAUUUCUUAAAUUCUAUAUAUCUCUGCCUACUGUAAUAAUGUGUAAAUGUGUCUGUGUACACACUUGUAAUUAUUUCUGUCCCCUCAAAUUUGAAAUACUUAGAUGAAGAUUCUUGACCUACAGAAUAUUAUUAAUUGAGGUCAAUAAAUUUUCCUCUGGAUCUUUAAUUAUC